AUGGUUGAACAGCACCCCUCAACUGAAACAGAUACGGUCAAUACCAACAGUCCUAAACAACAGAACGAAAAGGUCGUCCCGGCUGCUGUAGUAGAGGAUGAAGCUGCCAUCGAUGGUGUCGAUCCAGUAUAUGCAGCCAAAGCGAGAGUGCUUAAUCGAGCCAUCCAAGAUAUAGGUAUGGGACGUUAUCAAUGGCAGCUCUUCUUCGUCAUAGGAUUCGGAUGGGCUCAAGACAACUUAUGGCCUAUUGUCACAUCCCUUAUCCUCACUCCCAUCUCUAACGAGUUCCAUCCUUCGAAACCACCUUUACUUACAUUAGCACAGAACAUCGGUUUAUUAGCUGGUGCAGUCUGUUGGGGAUUCGGAUGUGAUAUAUUCGGCAGGAAAUGGGGGUUCAACCUUACAUUAGGAGUUACUGGUGUAUUUGGUAUGUUGGCCGCUUCAAGUCCUAACUUUGGUGCUGCAGGGACAUUCGUUGCUCUCUAUGGCUUCGGAGUGGGCGGGAAUUUGCCUGUUGAUAGCGCUAUCUUCCUUGAAUUCCUACCUCAAUCGCACCAAUACUUACUCACCGUCCUAUCGAUCUUCUGGGCAUUCGCGCAAUUACUCGCUACCCUCAUCGCCUGGCCAAUCUUAGGAAACCUCACAUGCCAACAGACUGAUCCUGAUUGUACCCGAUCGAAGAAUAUGGGUUGGAGAUAUUUUAUCAUUACCAUGGGUGGAUUGGCUUUGAUCAUGUUCUUCAUAAGAUUCUUCAUCUUCCACAUAUACGAGUCACCGAAGUACUUCAUGGGUAAAGGAAGGGAUGAUGAUGCUGUGACGAUUGUACAUGAGGUUGCUAGACGGAACGGGAAAGAAUCCAGCCUUACGGUAGAUGAUCUGAGAGCUUGUGAAGGUAUAACGGGAGGAGUCGUCACGGAACAUCAACAUGAUGCCACAGCUGCAAUCAAGAGGAAGAUGGAGAAGCUAAGUGCUAAGCAUGUCAAAGCCUUGUUUGCUACUAGAAGAUUAGCAUUUAGCACAUCACUAAUCAUGGUAGUCUGGGCAUUUAUCGGACUCGCUUUCCCAUUAUAUAACGCAUUUAUCCCCUACACACUCGCUACGAAAGGAGCCCAAUUUGGCGAUUCAUCAACCUACAUCACCUAUCGUAAUGCAUGUAUCAUUGCAGUUCUCGGUGUACCCGGUGCGAUGUUAGGCGGUCUACUUGUCGAAGUGAAAUGGAUUGGUCGUAAGGGCACACUGUGCCUCUCGACCUUGUUAACUGGGAUAUUCAUCUAUGGGUCCACUACGGCAAAGAACUCGAAUACCCUCCUGGCCUGGGAUUGCUUAUACUCGUUCUUCUCGAAUGUGAUGUAUGCUGUACUUUACGCUUACACACCCGAGAUCUUCCCUACAAAAGAUAGAGGGACGGGGAAUGCUUUGACUGCUACCGCGAAUAGAGUGUUUGGUAUAAUGGCCCCGAUCAUAGCCAUGUUCGCGAAUCUCGAGACAUCUGCACCAGUAUACACAAGUGGAGCACUGUUCUUGGCUGCCGGAGCGAUAGUUCUUAUCCUACCGUACGAAUCAAGAGGGAAGGCCUCGUUAUAA